CCGUCGUGUUCGUGAAUCGGGAGGUGUUGGCGGAAGUCGGCCAAGGAGUCGGCCGUGCCCCGGGUUGGAGUGUGUUGUGUUAUGUGAAGUGCUCUUUCCGCAUGUGAACGAAGGUUGGUUAACGAAGAAGAGUAAUAUAGGAGAAAGCAGCUAACCAGAAAAGAUCGCUGGAAAAAAAGUGCAGAAAAGAAAAGGAAGUCCCACAAAGUGCAUCUUAUUGGAAACACCUUGGUCAGCUACUACUUCAUUGGUCUCCUCAAAUCAGUCUCAUCGUCCAAUCAUCAUGGGGGGAUUGUUUGAGGUGACCAAUGACAUGCAGUUUUCGGAUUGCUGACCUUUUUGAGAAGGAGAAAAGGGGAAAAAAAAAAGAACAAAAACAAUGGACUUCAACAGUGCCUUGCGCGGUGUCGGCGACUUUGGCCGCUACCAGAAGCUCCUCAUUGCCUUCCUGGUGGUUCCGUCGGGGAUCAUCUGUGCUCUGCUCUACUUUGCGCAGUACUUUAUUAUUCUUUUACCCGAGGACUACUCGUGCCGUAUAAAGGUCCCAGAGGAUGCUUACCUCGCUCGGGCCAACGUUUCCAAGGAAGCUGUGCGUGCGUUGGGACUUCCCCACGAUCCCAGCACGGGAAGGCAGCACCAGUGCCUCAUGUACGAUGUGAACUUGACUCACGCUGUGAUAACGGGGACCUCGGUACCGAAUGCGUCGUGGGCAACUGUGGAGUGCCAAGAUGGCUGGGAGUACGAUUACGGGAAUUUGUAUCCCACCAUUGUUACGGAGUUGGAUCUAGUCUGCAACGAGAAAAGAAAAUCGUUUCACAUCCAGCUUGUGUUCUACAUGGGCACAUGGAUCGGGUCCAUUUUGUUCGGGUUCCUUGCUGACUGGAAAGGACGCCGGUGGUCUAUUUUCAUAAGCUACUUGGUCGCCUUGAUGGCUGGUAUCGUGUCCUCCUUCACCAAAACCCUGUAUCUCUUCAUGGCAUUUCGUUUUGUCCUGGGCAUGUGCAUCAUACCCCUGUCCGAAGAUCCUUUUGUUCUUGCAUUGGAGUACACUGGCCUUCAGCAUAGGACAUACGUCAUAGUGCUGUGGGGCUUCUUCUACAUCGUGGCGUCUGCUCUCUGCCCUUGGAUAGCCUAUGCACUGGGUCACUGGAGUUAUCUCAGCCUUGCAACUACCCUUCCGCUUCUCAUCGUGGUCAUCUUUUGCAGGUAUAUUCCAGAAUCGGCCAGCUGGCUUCUGACCCGUGGAAGAACUGAGGAGGCCAAGAAAUAUCUUGCCAUGGUUGCACAUAUCAACGGACGAGAGUUCCCUUCUAAUCUAGAUCUCAAAGAUCGCACAAGGGACAGAGCUUAUGAAAAGGAAGUGGGUAUCAAGGACACGUUCCUGAGGCCAGGAAUGCGCAGGCAUCUCUUACUUAACCUUGCUGUGUGGUUUCUCACAUACUGCGGCUACCACACCAACGUGUACAAUACGUCUCAUCUGGGCACAGACGUCUAUGUGGCGUACACUAUUGGUGCCCUCUUAGAGCUUAUUGGACUAGUAUUUAUGCUGUGCUGUGUUGAUAGUGUGGGAAGACGGUGGCCCAUGGUUGUUUCCACUGGUGUGGCGGGUGUCAUAGGAGUCUUUUCAUUUUUCUGCGCAAAAGACUCGAAAAACGUCAUCUUAGCACUGAGCCUCAUCAUGAGGGUAUGCCUCACAACAGAGUACGACAUCAUACUACAGUACUCCGCAGAAGUGUUCCCCACAGUACUCCGUGGCCGAUGCUUGGCACUGCUACGUGUUGGUGGGACAAUGAGCCUGUUCAUCAGCCCUUACAUAGUAUACCUGUCCCAAACAAAUCCAGUGUAUCCCAUGGUGAUCUGCGGUGUGAUGUGCCUUGUGCUGUCGGCGAUAUCGCUCUUUUUGCCCGAGACCAUGGGCCAGCCCAUGCCGCAGACUUUGGAAGAAAGCGAGCAGCUUGGAGCCAAACACAAAGUCUUGGAUUGCCCUUGCAUCAACACGAAAGGCUCUGGUGACGACAGCAACGAAGAGAGUGGAACGAUGAUGUCACAAACAAACCUUUCCGUCUAACAAGGUCAACUUUGUACUCUCUGUGACCAUCAGCUUUUGUACACAUGGCUCAUGGUGCAGAAUCCUUCCACUGGUCACAGAGGUCUUCCAACAAUGCAAGGAUAUUGCCUACGUACUUUAAACCCCAAUAUAUAUUGCCUGUACUGGCUCUGUGUAACAUACGAGCAUUAGGAGUCUGAGGACAUGUCCCAAAAAUCUACACGGAGUACAAUUGUUGAAAAGCUUAACCGCCCAGUGAUAACAGUUUGCCCUGUGAGAUUAAUCAUUAUUUUUCUAGCCAAACUUUGUUGUUGUUUGUUGUCAUUUUACUCCGGAUGUCUUCAGUUUUGUUGCAGUUAUUUUUAGGACAGCGUUUAGAUCUGCGCUGUUUUUUUUUUUUAGAGAUGUGUGGCGCGUGUAAUUUAUUCUUGGGGACACCCUAACUUAUGCUUUGUUGAAACUUCACUACGUAAUUUCUAUUGAUGAGGCAUUUGUUGGUUAGCUGCAGGAAAGUUGUCCACAUGUAAGGCGUGCCUUCAAGGAGCUUCUUUGUGAAAAGAAUCUCUCUAGUUCGAUUCAUACGAAGCUUGUGAGAAUUUCCAAGAGUCCAAGAGAAAGCUAUGUUACUGGUAUUGUUUAUGAGGUACACCCAUGCAUUAUGCAUUUAAUUAUUAUUAUUAUGCAUUAUGCAUGCGUUUUGGCUAGUACUUAUGCGCGAACUUGGUUAAUGUAUCGUUUGAUGUAACAGAACAGAAAAGUGGCUUGUGUUAGUGCAAAUUUUAUGUAGUAACACAUGACUGUCAGACAUGUUUAUGUGUUAUGUUAUCAAUCAUGCAGCUUUCUGCCUGACUUUAUCAUGGAAGCUUACUUGUAGUACUCAAACUUGUAGUACUCUUGCAGUACUUGAAGUACUCAAAAUGCAGGGCUUGCUUUCACGAGGGAAGUAUUUUUUUCUAAUCUCGUGUUUGAACUGCUUUUGAAGGCUACGAUUUUUUACAACAAAAUAUUUGAAACACUGAAGACCCAGGAAGUUAGAGUAGAAUGUGUUACUCAAAAUAAAUUAAUUUUAAUUAAACGGAUGAGUGAAUUUGAUGCUAUCCCAUCAAACAUGACUAUGUUACGUUAUGGAUGUUGUGUAUUUCAAUUUCAUCUUUUUUCCACGUCUGUCUUUUUUUUUUUAUUGGGGCUAAAAAUGGGGGGUUUUAUGCAAGCUUCUGUGUGAGGGCAUUUAGUGUUUAUCCGUGUCUAAUUAUUAAACGUUUUUUUUUUUUAAAUGCUUGUUUAGGACGUUCAUAGCGUUUGUUAAACGUUUAAGCUUGCUCCUGGGCAGGUGUGGUUCUCUGGGGUUUCUAUCCAAUGUGACUGUGAUGCAAGUCAAGGGUAAAAACAGAUUUUACAAGAUUUACAAGAUAAAACACUGUAUAUGUAAUUUUAUUUUUAUGCAGCCAUAUUUUAAGUCUACAUAUUGCCGCGAACACUAGAGCUUAACUUACAAUUGCCUUACUUGGUAAUGGAAUAAAGAAUGCAUGCAUGCAGUGCAUGUGCCACCUCGA